GUUGACUCCACAUUUUCAGGGAAAAAUGUCUUUGAGUCUCAGGUCUUUCCCCGCACUGUGCUUUCUCCUACUAAACUGUGUCUUUUUUUUCCUAGUUGAAGAGUGUGAUCCAGUCCCUUCGAACGGCCCAACAAAUUCCGAUGUGCACCAUCAGGGAGAAGAGAAUGGCUUUGCAGACGGUCCCGGAGACCCCCUCACAGACGUAAGCAAGGUCGUCAGCGAGGCCGAGUCCUGCCGGGAGGGCUGCACCUGCUCCGCCAGCUCGCUCCGGGCCCCCACCAUCAGCGACCUGCUCAACGACCAGGACUUGCUGGACGUGAUCAGGAUCAAGCUGGACCCCUGGCACCCCACCAUCAAGAACUGGAAGAAUUUUGCCAGCAGGUGGGGCAUGCGCCACGAUGAGCUGAACUUCCUGGAGCAGCAGCCCCAGAGCCCCACCCUGGAGUUCCUGCUCCGCAACAGCCAGCGGCCCGUGGGCCAGCUCGUGGAGCUCUGCCGGCACUACCACCGCGCCGACGUGGAGCGCGUGCUGCGCAGGUGGGUGGACGAGGAGUGGCCCAAGAGGGCACGCGGAGACCACCCCCGGAACGUCUAGGCCUCCGCUCCUCGCCUUGGCCCGUUUGGACCUUGAAACAGCCCCAGACCAGGGAGCAAUGUGAAUCUGUUCCUUUUUAUU